GCCUCCGCCAAGAGUACGCAGCGAGCGCUUCUCGGCGCAGUUCUGGUUCUUCCUGCAAUUCUACAAGGCGAGGCACAUUCAGCGACCAGGAGCUCGAUGCGCAGAGCUUGGAAGAUGAAGAAGACGGCAUGCAUCACACAGUCCACCCUGCUGUUAACAGGUUCUCACCAUCCCCUCGUAGUUCUCCCUGGCCUUCACCGAAGCAGUCUCCGAGGAACUCGCCCCGCUCCCGCUCGCCCGCUCGCAGCAUAGAGUACAGCCGGGCGUCGCCCCAGCCCAUGAUCAGCCGCCUGCAGCAGCCUCGGCUUUCCCUUCAGGGCCAUCCUACAGAUUUGCAGACUAGUAGUGUCAAAAGUGAAGAAAAACUAAGGCGUAGUCUUCCAAACCUGUCCAGGACAUCCAAUAUCCAAGCUGAGUCUGUGAAAAACAGCAGAAGUGACUCCAACUUCCAAGUGCCAAACGGAGGAAUACCUCGCAUUCAGCCUCAGGCCUCAGCCAUACCACCUUCAAGUAAAUUCCGCUCACCUGCAGCACCGUCUCCCCUGGCUCUCCGGCAGCCCCUGAAAGCGUUUAGUAACCACGGACCCGGCGCAGUUGCUUCUCCAGAAGCCACGCAGCUGCCACACAGUAGUUCUUCACCAGGGCCGCUUACAGCCCAGAGUUCAGGCUUGCCAAGCCCUGCCAGCAGUAUUAACAGUACUACUCUUACCAGGCCGGCAGGGACAGCGGGGAUGAGGAGUGGUUUGCCCAGACCCAGUGCCCCUUCCACAGGGGGCAUCCCAGUGCCUCGUAGCAAACUUGCACAGCCUGUUCGCAGAUCUUUACCCGCUCCCAAAACCUAUAGCAACGUGAAAGACGAGAGUUGGAAAGAUGGCUGCUACUGAACUGCAGAGCUUAGUGCAAAGUUCCAGUGCCCAUGGAUGCUUCCUCACCAGGCUAAAAGACAGCUUGAUUAUACAAACUGUUCAGAUGUGACUUUUGGGAUUUGUAAAAAUUCCAGACCUCUCUGUCUCUAAUUAGCACAAACCGACAGAGAUAACGAAGCAGCACUUUAAUGACAUCUAACAUCAGAUGUUUGGUGGUCAUACAAUCUCUUCUACAUUAAAUUGCUAUCAGUUCUGGGUGGUUUGGUUUUUUUUUCUUGCUUGCUAAGAAACGUAUCAAUAUGAGCAUUUAUGACAGUGGCCAAUGUCUGGGCAAAAACCUAACGAAUGCCAAAGAAAUGCCCAUCUUGAAAAACAGCAAGUAUAACAAUCAGCUUCCAUUGUUCAAAACUUCAUUUUCAGCCUGUUUUAAUUCAGCAGAAAGAUUGGCGAUUAUGUACUAUUGAACCAAGACUGUGUUAAUCAGGGCUAAUAUUCUGAUUGCAGACUGCUACAGUGCUAGUGAAACAUUGCUUUUAACAACUGUAUGAGGUUCUCAUUGGGGAAGGUGGUACGUGCGUCCUUUGGGAAGGGUCAGAAGUUACUCUGGAGGAGUAGGCAGAAC